GGCACAGGUAAGGAAUGGUGAGUCGUAUUCAUGGGUUGUACUAGUUGCGUCUUGAAGGUUUAGUUUCGAAGAUGCAGACGUAGUUACUUCGGGUAAAUCGUAUGAGUUCUCUCAUGGUCAAGUAAUCUCACUCAGAACUUCUGUGAACAGUUUUGGAUUACUCAAAAUUCGUAUGUAGGCAUCACUUCGAGCGUCAUACAUUGGUUUAAUUUGGGCUAACUGAUUCGUAGCACCAUGGUGCCAGUCUCAUAACUAGUACUGAGUUGGUGACUUACAAUAGUAGUGAGCAAGAACGAUCUAAGACAAUAAAGUGUUUACGCUCAUCUUCGAAAACUUGCUUGGAUCACGUUUUAUCUAAGUGUGCACACAUUCUGUGGGUGCAUAACCGAGGCUAACUGGCUGAAUAACUAGUUUGGAUAGUGACUUUAUGUCAGUCUAUGUAGAAGCGUAAAAUCUCUAUCCUCGUCAUUGAAAAGUGAAAUCUUUCCGACGUAGUAACGGUUCUAUUUUUGGUACUGCCUAGCUCAGAACUCUUGAACCCGCUUAGUUUUAUUUGCUCGAAUGAAACGUAAUGUAGCAUCUGUAUCCAGAAAGCCCAAUCUGCAAACAAAUGGUUAUUUACAGACAGCUUAUCAAAAAUGUCGCUUGUCUAAUUUGGAAUUCAUAUUAAGUUUUUCAAAAUAAAGACAAUCGUGUGUCCAUUCUCUAGGUAACCAAGCAUACUUUUUUUCCCCAGGUUACUACUUUCACCCAUGGUGAACUUCACAAGGUUUGUAGAGGCUGGACGCGUUGUAUUCAUUGCCUCUGGACCUUAUGCUAAAAAGGUGGCAAUCAUCGUAGAAAUAAUCGACCAAAGACGUGUUCUUAUCGAUGGGCCAUGCUCCGGCGUUCCUAGACAAGAAAUAAGUAUAAACAGACUGCAUUUAACAAAAUUAAAGUACAAACUUCCACAUGGAUGUGGUACAAAUUCAGUCGAGAGACAUUGGAAAAGGUACGACAUAACUAAGAAUUGGGAGAACACUGUGUGGGCACGAAAGCUUCAUCGCAAAUCCCUGCGAGCGGCAAUGACCGAUUUUGACAGGUUUAAAGUCAUGGUAGCUCGUAAACAGCGCAACAACAUUUUGAAACAGUUCAAGUUGAAAAAGCCGGUCGAGAAAACUUCAAAGCCUGUGAAGAAGGCUGUAAAAAAGUAA